AUGUCUGACCAACAGGGAAGCCCUCAUGCCGAAGAAGGUCACGAUGCUGUCGAAGGAGUGGGAAACAUCACAAGCCUAAGCACUGAACCACAGCCCAAGGGCAACCUGCUGAUACCUGUCACCGGUGAGGGUGGUGGGGACCUCACGGAGGUUAUUAGCACCGAAGAAAAGGCCUCGGCCUCCAUUCCAGUAAUUAGCCAGGACACCGAAGUGUUUACGGACGUCAUUGACAAUGAGCCCCCAAAAGAGGCCUCGUCCACCAUUCCGGUAAUUAGCCAGGACACUGAAGUGUUUACGGACGUCAUUGACAAUGAGCCCCCAAAAGAGGCCUCGUCCACCAUUCCGGUAAUUAGCCGGGACACCGAAGUGUUUACGGACGUCAUUGACAAUGAGCCCACAAAAGAGGCCUCGUCAUCCAUUCCGGUAAUUAGCCAGGACACCGAAGUGUUUACUGACGUCAUUGACAAUGAGCCCACAAAAGAGGCCUCGUCAUCCAUUCCAGUAAUUAGCCAGGACACCGAAGUUUUUACGGAAGUCAUUGACAAUGAGCCCCCAAAAGAUGCCUCGUCCACCAUUCCGGUAAUUAGCCAGGACACCGAAGUUUUUACGGAAGUCAUUGACAAUGAGCCCCCAAAAGAGGCCUCGUCCACCAUUCCGGUAAUUAGCCAGGACACCGAAGUUUUUACGGAAGUCAUUGACAAUGAGCCCCCAAAAGAGGCCUCGUCCACCAUUCCGGUAAUUAGCCAGGACACUGAAGUGUUUACGGACGUCAUUGACAAUGAACCCACAAAAGAGGCCUCGUCCUCCAUUCCGGAAACUGGCGGUGACAGUGAGGUGUUCACAGACGUCAUUACCAGCGAGCAGAGCCCCGUGGAAACAGCGGCGUCCUCGAUGCUGGUAACGCACACGAGCAGCGCUACAUACACGGAAGUAAUAAGUAGCGAGCAGAGCCCCGCAGAGCUGCACUCAUCAUCAAUGCCAGUCACCAGUGCGGGAAGCGAGAUGUUCACUGAAGUAAUUACUAGCGAGCAGUACCCUCCGCAAGUGGCGUUGGUAUCAAUACCAAUUACAAGCGAGGAUGAUGAGGAAUUCACGGACGUGUUUAGCAGCGAGCAGACAUCUACGGAAAUUGCGUUUGCAUUGGUUAACAUCACCAGUAUGAAUAGUGAGGCAUUUACGGAAGUGAUUAGUAGCGAGCAGCACACCGUGGAAACAGUCUCGGCGUCGAUACCACUCACGAGCGGGGAUGGCGAGACAUCCACGGAAGCGAUUAGCACCGAGCAAAACCCAGCGCAGAUGAUCUCGAGCGAGAUGCUAGUCACGGCCUCUGAUUUGAUGAACGUCACGGAGGAGAUCACGGCUGCAUCUAAACCGAGCUCAACGGAAACGACGGACAAUUCUUCCGCACUCGAGUCAACAGCCAUAUUGGUCACAAGCGGCGAAACCGAUCAGCUCACGAAUACCAUAGAAGAUCUGGAUUCGCCUGCCGCCACAUCUUCUGAGAUAAUCACUGCUGCAGAUCUGGUCACGUUUACGGAGGAGGUGCGGAAGUGA